UUGAGAAGACUGAAUCCACUACAAAGAGAUAAGCUUUUUGGUAGACAGCAAUGGUGGGCAGAUUAGUGGCUGAGAAGCAAGACAACCAAGCGAAGCUUCUCUCUCUAUAAAUGUUGUCGAAGCUGCUACCUGACCAAACCAACCGAGCUGAGAGGUGUCGGUCUUCGUAAGCGGUGUGUGUGCGCGCUUGCUUGCUUCGCGAGAUGGCCAAACCGAGCUUUCAGUGUCUGGGAACGUCCAUUGACGUACCGAACGUCCAAGCUCUUGCAGCUUCCAUCGCAAACCCGGCUGACGUCCCUCCUCGAUACGUCAGGCCGGAAGCCAAGGCUGAUCCAGUCGCUAGCGACGGCGACAGCGAGCUUCCGGUCAUCGAUUUCUCCAGGCUCCUCCAUCACCGUUUCUCUCGGGAAGAGUCUGCUAAGCUCCACCACGCCUGUGUAGACUGGGGCUUCUUCCAGUUGAUAAAUCACGGAGUUCCCGAUCAAGCGACGGAGAAGAUGAAGGCUGAUAUAGUAGAAUUCUUUAAGCUUCCCUUGGAAGAGAAGAAGGCAUUUGCGCAGUUGCCGAACAGCUUGGAAGGUUACGGCCAAGCCUUCGUCGUGUCUGACGACCAAAAGCUGGACUGGGCGGACAUGCUGACCCUCAUAACUCGACCACUGCAGUCGAGGAACAUCGAUCUCUGGCCCGCUCAACCUCUCACUUUCAGAGACUCUCUCUCUUGCUACUCCAUGGAGCUGAAGAGCGUGGCAGGAACUUUGCUGGAGGUGAUGGCGAAGAAUCUGGGGGUCGCACCGGAGGAGUUCUCUACUAUAUUUCAGGACCAACCGCAGGGAGUGAAGAUCAACUAUUAUCCCCCAUGUCCAAGAGCUGACGAGGUGUUGGGCCUCUCGUCACACACGGACGGCACCGGCUUGACGUUACUCCUACAUGUGAACGACGUUGAAGGACUCCAAAUCAGGAAGGGGGGGAAUUGGUUCCCGGUGAAGCCACUCCCCGGCGCUCUCACCGCUUACAUCGGUGAUAUCAUCGAGAUAUUGAGCAACGGUGUGUACAAAAGCCUCGAGCAUCGGGCGAUAAUAAACCUCAAGGAAGAUCGCGCCACGGUCGCUGCCCUCCAUGGGCCAAGAGAAGAUUCGGUGAUUGGUCCUCUUGCAGAGAUCGUGAAGGGAUGCAAGCCGAAGUAUGUGUCGAUGAGCUACGGAGAGUUCAUGAAAACUUACUUCUCCACAAAACCGGAAGGGAGGAGGCUCGUGGAAAGCCUCAUGCUAUAAAAUCCUAUAAUGUUAAGAAAGUUUAUAGUGUGUUGCUUGAACUUGAUAAUAAGUGUGUUUCCGGAUAACGCUAUCUACUUUAUCGAAGCAUCAAAUAAACAUAUAGUAUUGUGUAUAUGAAUCUUUGUAUGCUUAAAGUGAGUUGGCUUAGUGUUUGUUGAGUUAUUCGGAUUGGUUAAUGUAUUGUUGCAUAAGUAAUAAAUCUGAAUGUACAUUAUUUGA